AUGCAGGCGCACCGCCCAGCCGUCCGCUUCCGCCGCCCCGCCGCCCGGCCUGCCUCCGCAUCCGCAUCCGCAUCCGCAUCCACACCCGCUGCCUCAUCCUCGUCGUCGCCCUCUGCGCUCAUUCAGGCGCGGUGGCCCAUCCAACCACUCCGCCGCACGUGCGAGCAGCACUACUCGUCCUCGUCCUCGUCCUCGUCCUUCGCUGCUGCCGAGUUUACUGCUCCAAGCAAUCCCAGCAGGCAGCAGCCGAAUCCACCACCACCACCACCACCACCACCACUGCGGAAGCGCGCCCGGGUGGCUGCGGCCCGUGAUGCUCUGCCGCCUGGCGUUGCCGCGCCGCUCCUCGACGACGCGGACGUCUCCAGCGACGACGAGUACGACUAUGCAGGAUCGCUCAGGCCGUUCAGGGUGUUUGGCAAACUCGCCGACGACCUGAAGAGCGCAAAGUCGUCGGCCGCGUCGUCGUCCAAGCCAGGCAGCCGCGGCGCAGUUGCAGCUGCUCAGAAUCAAGAUACUGCUGCUGCAAAUGCUGAAAAGCAAGAUCAGGACAAGGACAAGGCCAAGGAGGACCAGAGUAGUCAAGAUCACAAUGCCACCGAUGAUGCCGCUGCUGCCAAUCUCACCAAGCCAGUCGUAGCGCAACAACUGCUCGACCCUGCCGACAAGGCAUUCAUGGAAGCGCUACUGUCUGCGCCACAGUCCCUCAACAGCGAGUUUCAUGCAAGCGCAGUCCCGUAUAGCAGAGCAAUGUCGUUUCCUGCGCCGUUGCACCGAGAGGGCGUCCGCUCGAGGGCGUUGGCCGUGAUUUUGCGCGGCGACGCUCGAAAUGUGCUCCAGCCGCUCAUCUACCCGCCCACAGACAAGCCAACAGCGACCGGUGCCAAACUUCGCCGCGUCCUGCCCUUCGAAACUAUCAUCAAUCUCAUUGCCGCCGUGCACGAACACGAGCUCCUCACCACGGAUUCGCCCGCCGUCUGCCUGCCGUCGCUCCAAACCCUGCUUCGCACGGACGACGAGCAAGACCUGGUUCCGACGCUUCGGGGAAUCACAACUUCGCUCCCUCAGCUUCGUCAGACUGGCAUUGAGACGUUGCAAAACUGGCAACGACUCAUGAUGAUGUGCAAUCCUGCAUGCCCCCUUCAGCCCAUGGCAGACCACUUUGACUGGCCCAAGCAUCUUACUGAAUUGAGCUCCUUGGAGAAGGCGCGGCAGCGAAUUCUCGCAGACAAUGCCUGGAACCUCGCGAUAGAUCAUCACGAGCGAGUCCGCUUGGCAUUUUGGGAGAAGGCCACCGCCGCGCUCCUGUCCUCGCCGUACGUUGAUGCAAAGCUCGACGAGCACCUGCGCAUUCUCAGUGUCAAUCUUCAUACGCGAAAAGUGGAGGACCGAAUGCGCCCCAUUUACGCUGCUCGCCAUGCCCUCCAGCAUGCCCUCCAGCAAGCCGACCUCGCUCGAGACCCACCUUCUGCCGAGAACGAGCCCGUUGCUGAGCCCGUUGCUGAGCCCGUUAACGAGCAUGUUCAUGAGCGUAUUGUCAUGGCUGUCGAAGAAGACUCUGACUCGGAUGCAUGGGAAGACGAGGACGAGGACGGCGCCGAGGCUGCGGACGACGACGACGACGACGACGAGGACGCCGAGGCUGCGGACGACGACGAGGAUGACGAUGCUUGGGAAGAUGACGAUGUGGACGGCGACGAAGAAGAAGUGCUUGCAGCUCCCCAUGCUCCGACCAGAGGUCGAUAUUCUGGGCUUUCAACAUCUUACGAUAGUUCUUUGCGCGCGCCUCGCAUUGACGCAACCAGCAGCUUCGACCCAGACAACCUGGCCGCGGGCUUCGCUCCGGCCUUCAACAAGCCGUUGCACCCUCGUUUCCUCACAAAGUGGCCGCAGUCUAAAGCGCACCUCGAUCCUGUCUUUCAGCUGCUCGGCCCUCUCUUGCUGCAAACACAAACGGCAGCGUUACUGUCGGAGCACGAUAGGAACGAUCACAAUGUGACCACCCUCGUGCUGAUGGGGGUUCUCGGAGCCAACGCGUGCCCGCCGCGGACCUUCAUUUCGCUGGUGCAUCAAGCUGCGCAGGACAUCCAUGGCCAAUCGGUCUUUGAUCGGCAUUUGAACCGCUUUGUGCAGGCGCAAGUCUUUUUGGAAGAGCGAUUUGUCCGCAACACACUCAUUCCGCCAGCCCUGAACGGCAUUCGAAAGUCUGCCAUGCAAAAUCCACUGCGUUACGUUGACGAGCAGCCUUCCGGGUCGGCACCAGUCACCGCCUACGGCGGCCAUGACCAGGUGGCUUGCAGCGUUGCCACCGGAUUUCUGACUGGAAUUGCCGGUCUUGAGCAGCAAGAGGUCAUUCUCGUUCUCGGCUUUGACCGAAUCACGCCGCUCUUUGUGUUCCCCAACGCCGAGAUUGAAUUUCCUUCACCCAACAACUCGGUCGAUGUCAAGAAUCACGAACAAUUCUUGCACGAAGCGAUCGAUCGUGCAAGUGCUGCUCCUGCUCCCCUACCGCCUCGGCCUUUAAGCAUGCCUUCAAUUCAUACUCCGAAGCUCUUGACGCAAAUUUGCAACCCUCGUUCGCUGAUGGGGCCCACAGGGCCAGUUCGACCCGCUAUGGAGCCAGUUCCGUCCGUGCCAGGUUAUUUUGACGAGUGGACCCUCGCCGAUUUGACGAACGGUCAACUCGAUCAGGCGUUUGGAGUGUGCUUCAAGGCUGGAUACAUUGCCCUUGGAUUUGAUGCAGGCGUGGUCAUUCUGCUUCGUCCGACAACCCGGCAUAGGCUUUCGUACGGGGUUGUUGCAAACCUGCAACUUGAGCAACUCGAGAUGGUGAAUGCAAUCGAUCUCGUGCCGAUCUCGGAUACUUCGCUCACGUUGUACUUGGCACUGAAUGCGCGUUGCAUUUGCAUUACGACCAUUCAACUUGGCGAACCGCCCGUCCACCGUUACAUUCACGGAUUUGCUGGACGCGUCAACCACGUCGCUGUCAGUCCCAACGGCCAACACCUGGCCGUGUGUUGCGAUUCGUUGGAUGGGUACCUGCUCGACAUGGCAAACCUGCCCACUCGCGUCUCUUCCCGCGAUCAGUUGACCACGCCUCGAGCCGUCAAAGAGAGGAGAGCGGAUAGGAUCGAUUCGUGCAUGUACCAAGCAUGGAGCAAGAGUUCCAAGUAUCUUGCACUGUCUUCCGACACCCACAACUGCGCUAUGGUGUGGAAUGCCGAGACUCGAACUCUGGUCGAGCUUGGUGAAGCAACAGGUCCUGUCCUCGCCCUUGCGUUCUCUCCGUUGGAUGACAACAUUCUUGCAUAUGCUGAAAAGCAGUCGGUGGUCCAUUUGCUCAACGUUGAGACCGGUGCGCAUCAACUGAUUUCGCUGUUUGGCCAUUCCAUCACGGGUUUGGCCUUCACCUCUCGUGCCGACCUGUGCAUUUCCACGGCUUCGGAUCUGAUUGUUUAUCGGCGCCACACCAUCCCCACGCUCGCCGAGUUGUGCAUGCAACGGGUUCGCGAGCACUCUCGGCAACAGGGACUCUCGCGCCACCAACUGGAAUCGCUUUGGGCUGACCUCCAGUUGAUUCCGACUGACGUGCACGACAAUUUGGUCGCCGCCGGUCCCGCUCUCUUCAAGCCAUAUCCUCUGGCGACGCGUGUUGAGCUUCCCAGGGUUUGGUGGGCGUAG